AUGGGAAUUCUGAGUCAGCUAUCAAUCACUCACCUGCUCUGGACUGCUACAGUCAUUUGUCAACAUGAAGACUAUGAUUUUGGGGAUGAAUAUGAUGAAGAGCUGGAUCAUGAACAUCCGUAUUAUUUUAAUUUUCAUCCAAGUACACAAGCUGAAGUUCCCCAUUUUCCUUUUCCAGUUGAGUGUGCCAGAGAAUGCUUUUGCCCACCAGCUUUUCCAUUAUCAAUGUACUGUGAUCAUCGUAAACUUACAACAAUACCAAAUAUCCCUGCUCAAGUCCAACAGCUCUAUCUGCAGAACAAUGAUAUUGAAGCUGUGCUCACAGGACCAUUUACUAAUGUCACCAUCUUAAGAGAAAUUAACUUGAACUACAACAAAAUUAAAUUUCACAUGAUUGACCAUGGUGUUUUUGCCAAGCUUUCAAACUUAGUACAGCUUCAUUUACAGCAUAAUGAAUUAAAAGAAUUUCCAUUCCCACUCCCCAGCUCUCUAGAGCGACUCCUCCUCGGUUACAAUAAGAUUUCUCGGUUAUCUGGAGAUGCGCUGCAAGGACUGCCCAACAUAACCAUGCUUGAUCUCUGCAAUAACCUUCUUGAUGACUCAGCACUCAAUGGAAAACACUUUUCAAGUCUCAAAAAUUUAAUGCAAAUAAACUUAUGCAACAACAGAUUACAGACCAUGCCUCCUGAUCUACCACCUUCACUUAUGUAUCUCUCUCUUGAAAAUAAUUCUAUUUCUUAUAUUCCAGAAAACUACUUUAGUAGACUUCCAAAACUCACUGCUCUAAGAAUGUCACACAAUAACCUGCAGAACAUCCCACCUAAUGCCUUUAACUUACCCAACCUUUUGGAACUUAACCUUGGGCACAACAAACUGAAGCAAGUAUUCUACAUUCCAGGAAGUUUGCAGCAUUUGUAUAUUGAAGACAAUGAUAUUGAAACCAUAAAUGUUACUUUGAUGUGUCCAUCUAUUGAUCCAAUGAAAAUCAAACAAUUGACUUAUAUACGGGUGGACCAAAAUAAGCUUACAGUUCCAAUAAGCACAUAUGCAUUCUUCUGCUUCCCUCACAUAAGAACCAUUUAUUAUGGUGAACAGAACGGUAACAAGUCGACACAGCUAAGGACACCAGUGUUCCGCCGACUUUUAACACCAGAAGAAUAUGAUGAAGCAGAUGAUGAUCAGGAAACAAAUGAUCGUGAAACUGAAGAAGAUCACGAACCUGAAGACAAUUAUUUUCACAAUUACUUCUAA